AUGCGCUGUUGCCGCUAUUACUGGUUCGACCUCUGCCUGGCUUGCAUGACUUUUGCCAGCUCAUUUGGACAUGCGAUCACUGCUACGGCCGUCUUGAUUCUCACAUCUGGUAUAUGGAUAGCGAUCUAUUUCGCUGCCAUAAAACCGUCGGCAAAAGGCGACGUCUACAAUGUCCAGAACUACUAUAAUGACUGUAACAAAACAUAUCCGUCGAAGCCGAAGUGUGUUCCUCCUCCACCGGUGGAAUGUGGAAGGACAUGCGAAUUUGUAAUAUGCGAGACAAUACCUGCCGGUCUUACUUUUAACACAUCCUAUCCCAUAUUCAACAAAACUACUGACUGCUGGAUGAGACUCAUGAGUGAAGCCAAGAAAGAAGUAAUAAUUGGUAGCUACUAUUGGUCUCUCUUGGUUGAAAAUACUGGCAACAAUUACACGGUAGAUACUACGAACACUUCUAGUGAUGGAAAGCUAAUCUAUGAUACUCUGCUCAAAACAGCUCAACGAGGAGUUAAUGUAAAAAUUGCGCAAACUUAUGCAGAUGGAGGGUAUCCCGAGACUACCAAUUUGGCGAAGUCAUCGGAUGGAAGGAUAAAAGUACGGUCGUUGGAUUUUACCCAGUGGUAUCCAGGAGGGAUUCUUCACACAAAGUCAUGGGCCGUUGAUGGCAAGCAUAUGUACAUAGGCUCAGCUAAUUUUGACUGGAGAGCACUCACUCAGGUUAGGGAGCUUGGACUAGCUGUCUACAAUUGCCCAUGUGUUGCUAAUGAUCUCACUAAACUACUGGAAAUCUAUUGGGAAAUGGGAGCACCGGGUGCAAAGAUACCAGACAGAUGGCCCGAAUCCUUGUCUACAUCGGCAUAUCAUGAAAGACCCACAUCGGUGCCACAACAGAAAGGAGAUCAAGCUGUUUACAUAUCGGCUGCACCUCCAGGAUUCCGGUCUUGUGGCAGAGAAGAUGAUCUCGACGCAAUGUUGAAACUUAUAGAUGAAGCCCAGGUCAGUCUGGACAUGGCCGUAAUGAAUUACGCUCCUUCUACUCUUUAUAUCAAACCAUUAAAUCGAUGGUUCGGCAAAUUAGACGAGGCUAUUCGCAGAGCUGCUUUCGACAGACAAGUCAAGGUCCGCUUUCUAUUUUCGAAGUGGUCCCACACGGCAGCCAAAUACUUUUCUUAUCUACAUUCGUUAGCAGAUAUUAGCAGUCAAUUACCGUGUGUUUAUGAAAAUAAUAAGUGUGUUAAAAGGGGAUCCAUAGAUGUCAGAAUUAUUGAAGUACCUGACAUGGAAUACGGUGGCAUACCGUACUCUAGGGUCUACCAUAAUAAGUAUUUCGUCACUGAAAAAGCCGUAUAUGUUGGAACUUCAAACUGGUCGGCUGAUUAUUGGUGGUACACAGCUGGCAUUGGAGUAGUGGUAAAAUCUGAUGACUCUAGUCAGCAGUCGUUUAUAGUAAAUCAGUUUGAACAAAUCUUUGAAAGAGAUUGGUAUUCGGACUACACGACCCCUUUAUCAGAUUUCGACAUUUAUGGGAAGACAACGAAUAAAACCACAACGUUAUGACACACAACACUCACUUGAUGAGAUGGCAAUGCCAUGUAUAUCACUAUCUCUGAAAUAAAC